UUUGAAGGGAUGCUUUGUUGUUACAAAUUUUAAUAAAUAAAAAUGUUGAAUGUUCAAUGUCUGUUAUCAAAUUAUUUUGAGAUAAUUUAAUUCAAAAUCUCUGUCAUAGCGAGGAGAAUAAUGGAUUCAAAAGUGUGUAGAGUUUGCCUUAGCAAAUCAACUGCAACUUCAGUGUUCGAUGUCCGAGAAGGCCUCCAGCACAGUGUAAAAAUUAUGCGAUGUGUUCCUAUCAGCAUAGAAGAAGGUGACGGCCUACCAAGUGCUUUAUGCGAUGUUUGCGUGAAUGAUUUGACCGUCGCAUACAACUUCAUUCUAAAAUGUGAGGCGACGGACAGAGUGCUGCGGCUGGUGGGAUACGACGACUACCCAAAUCCCGAGGCCGACGCCGAAGACAGAGAGGAGUUCGAUAUCAGCGGAGAAGAGGUCAACUUCGUAUUGGAAAAUGAAUAUAACGGCGGCAUAGAAUCCGAUGAUAUUGUAAAACAAGAGUACCUAGACGAAAAUCAAACUAACUACGAAUAUGAAAAUAAAACAAACCAAGAGAAAAAGGCCCACAACAAUGUGAAUUUCAAAACUAAAAAGAAAAACAAGCGGUCCAAGUCGGGACCCCUGCAGUGCGUCAUCUGCGGCCAGAUCACGGCGAGCCGCUCGGCCAUGGAGACACACAUGCGCACCCAUACCGGAGAGAUGCCCUACAAAUGUCAAGGCUGCAGCAAGAGAUUCAGGACCAAAGGCUCGCUCUCCAGACACUUUGAAACCCGCCACGGACAAAGAGAAAGGAAAUUCACCUGUGAAACAUGUGGAAGCAGCUUUUAUAGAAAAAAUGACAUCAUAAUUCACAUGCGAGUACACACAGACGAAAGACCAUACUCCUGUCCAUAUUGUCCCAAAAGUUUCCGUCAAGUCACGUCUCUGAUUCGUCACAAACGCGUUCACACAGGAGAAAAGCCUUAUGGGUGUCCUAUUUGUGGAAAAAAAUUCGCAGACAGCAAUCUCGUGAAGAAACAUCAAUCGGUACACAGCGAUGAAAAGAAAUAUACUUGUCAAUUAUGUAACAAAUCCAUGAAAAGCAGAAACGCUCUCAACUCCCAUAAGCGCCGACACACCAAUGAGAAACAGCUGGUAUGUAGUUUCUGUGGAUCUACAUUUUCAUUGAAAGGUAAUUUGAAAAUUCACAUAAGGAGAGUGCAUUCGGAAAGAUCCGGCCAGUGCACCGUCUGCUUGAAGACGUUCUCCGACCUGGAGGUGCACAUGCGAAAGCACACGGGCGAGAGGCCCUUCCUGUGCAAGCUGUGCAACCAGAACUACGCCACCAAGAGGAGCUUGUCCCACCACAUGGCGUUUAAGCAUGAUAACGCUACAAAAUUCAAAUGCUCCAUAGGGGAGUGCACUCGCACCUUCCCGACCGCCAUGAUGCUGGAGUUCCACCUGCUGAAGCAGCACACCAACAGCACGCCCUACGUGUGCCGGCACUGCGCGCGCGGCUUCUACCGCGCCAGCGACCUUUCGCGCCAUCUGCGCGUCAGCCACAUGGAGCCCCAGGCCAAGGUGCCAUUGAAACCUCUUGAUGUAGUGCAAUAGAAUACAAAAUUGUUCCUGUAUUUCAAAUUUAUGUCACUUCCCUGAACUGCUAGUCAUAGUUUUUAAAA